AUGGAUGAAGUUAAGAUAUCUCGCCACUCGAAUGAUAACGACAUCGGCACCGACCGACAAGGCCGAGUUAGGGCUUGCAUCUUGGCUGCCUCCUUGGGCUUAGUGUCCCGGCGCCGUUGGUGGCUGAAGCCCCUCGGCAAUGGAAAAGGUUCUCGGCAAACUCACGCAAAAAGAGCCGCGCUUGGCAUCAAACCUUACUUUAACCGGACCAAACCCUCCGCUUGGCUUCCUUUCUCGGUGCUAGUCGCCAGAAUCGUGUGUUUGAAGGAAGUUAUUGACCCACUCCUGAAAAUAGCAUUUACCUGCUCGGUAUCUCGAAUCAAAAUGGAGGCUUCAUCGGUCACUCGGUCGUUUCGUUCUACGGUCAUGCCGCCGACAGUUCCGGUACUUUCUCGCGUUCCAACUCAUGGAGAGCGCGCUCGUUCUGCCACUGAACAUCGAAAUGAUUCGCAGCCCCAGGUACAUCCUACUCAGCAGGAUGAGCAAACUUUGGCGGACCUGCAUCGAACGUUAACUGAGUUCUCCGAGGGGAAACACACCCAGUACGCUGAGCCACAUUCAACCCUUGACAAAUACUUAAGGGAACACGGUGUGAAGGUUGAAGCCGGCGAACCGCUUGGUCGACUCGGAGUAUGUUUCAAGAACUUGUCGACUUGGGGAAUGCGGAACGAGCAUGCGCAGGUGAAAACUUUAGCACAUGCUGUAUGGCGGACAUGUACCUUUCAAGACGUCUACGAGUGGACUGUCAAACGGUGGAUUGCUCCUCCGCGGCUGCAAGAUGGGAGACCCCUCAUCAAUGAUUUUUCUGGGGUUGUACGCUGUGGAGAGAUUAUGUUGGUAUUGGGGCGUCCAGGUGCAGGCUGUUCGACGUUUUUGCGAACUAUAGCAAACCACCACUCCUCAUUUUUAGGCGUGACCGGGUCGCUUGAUUAUUCCGGGCUCAAGCCGAAGGAUAUUUCGAAAUAUUUCAGGGGCGAGGUUGUUUAUAUCCCGGAAGAGGAUAAUCACUUUCCCACUUUGACUGCGCGCCAGACAUUGGAAUUUGCCUUGGAAACCAAGACUCCAAAAAGAUUAAGGCAUAGAAUCUCGGAGAUGUUGGAGAUAUAUGGUCGAGUUUUCGGCAUAUCUCACGCUAUGGACACUCUUGUUGGAAAUGAAUAUAUCCGCGGUAUUUCCGGAGGUGAAAGGAAACGGCUGUCAAUAGUCGAGUCUUUGGCCACUGAUUCGGCCGUCGCUGCGUGGGACAAUUCUACUAGGGGUUUGGAUGCUGCCGCUGCAGUCGAUUAUGCUCGCAGCCUUCGAAUCAUGACGGAUACUUGUGGCAAAGCGACCAUCGUGACGCUCUACCAGGCAUCUGACGCCGUUUACAACUUUGCCGAUAGGGUUAUGAUCAUCGAUGAAGGCCGUAUGUUAUACCAGGGGCCUGCGAACAAAGCCAAGUCAUAUUUCGAGAACUUGGGCUACAAGUGUCAUCCUAGACAAACGAUCACCGAUUUCCUGACUGGUAUAACAUCUGACCGAACGAGAGCUUUUCGGGAUGGGUAUGAGACACGCGCUCCAAAGGGCGCAGUUGAGUUGGAAAAAGCGUUCAAGGAAAGCGAAUAUUUCAAGAUCAUCCAGCAGGAUAUCCGGAAUUACGAAGCGGAGCUUUCCCGAAUGCAUCAAACUUGCGAGUCCAGCAACAGUUUGGAGAGCUUCAAAGCCAUUUCUCGGCAGAAGAAAUCCCGUUUCGUUUCUGCCAAGUCAGUUUACAACACUUCGCUGAUAAAACAAGUUACUCUUUGCACGAAGCCUGAACUCGAGGAUUCUGUUCAUGGUCGUGAUAUCAUUAGCCGUCAGAAAAGAUUCGCUUUUGUGAGACCAAGCGCGGUUGCGUUUGCUCGUACCCUGUUCGACUUCGUUACUGUCUUCUAUACUACACCCGCCCUCUAUGCAUUUGAGGCAUGUAUGGCCACCGAGUUUCAUAACCUGCAGCUUUCAUGCGAGCCAAGGUCGAUUAUCCCUUCAGGUCCUGAUUAUACAGAUACACUAUACCAGACUUGUGCGGGCGCAGGGAGUUUACCAGGACAGCUCAAAAUCGGCGGUGACGCAUACCUAGCCGAAAAAUAUGGUUUUUAUUAUCAUAACGUGUGGAGGAACUUUGGUAUUUUAAUUUUGUUUAUCGUAGUGUAUACCGCUACUAACGCCUGGCUUUGCGAGGCCAUUGAGUGGGAUGACGGCUCUGCUGGUGCUGUUUCAUUCAACCGGAAGAGGAAAUCUCCAUUCAGUGCCGCAGCUAGUGAUGAGGAAAAUAGGGCAUUCGAUGUCGAUCACCAAGCUCCUCCGGCGACGACAAAUGUGGACAUUGCUGGUACCCCCUCCGAACAAAUUGCAACAACGCAAUCAGCAUUCGCAUGGCGAAAUUUGACAUACACUAUCCGUCAAGGUGACUCGGACCGGGUUCUAUUAAAUGACGUUUCUGGAUAUUGCCAACCCGGGACGCUGACUGCAUUAGUCGGCUCAUCUGGUGCUGGUAAAUCAACAUUGCUAACCACACUUGCUCAACGCCAGAACACUGGCACGGUAACUGGCGAUAUAAUGAUUAACAGUCAAACUCCUGAUGUCAGCUUUCGUCGAAAAAUUGGGUAUUGCCAACAGAUGGACAUUCAUGAUAAAACAAGUACCAUCCGGGAAGCGUUCGAAUUUUCGGCAUUACUCCGUCAGGGAGCUGACAUAUCACGCAAGGAAAAAGUUGCUUAUGUGGACAUUAUAUUGCAUAUUCUGGAACUUACAGAGUUGCAAGAUGCGGUAAUAGGCUCUCUUCCGAUAGAGCAAAAAAGGAGGACGACGAUUGGUGUUGAGCUUUGCGCCAAACCAAGCCAUCUUCUGUUUUUAGAUGAACCUACCAGCGGUCUCGAUAGCGAAGGUGCCUUCAGCAUCGUUGUAUUGUUAAGGAAACUCGCGGAUGCAGGCCUUGCCAUUUUGUGUACUAUCCACCAAGCAAGUCAUCAACAAAUUGAAGUCUUCGAUCGAGUUCUAGCUCUCAACCCCGGAGGCAAUGUCUUUUACUUCGGAGAAGUCGGGCCAUCUGGGAAAGCUAUUUGCGAUUAUUUUGGGCGUCAUGGUGUUUUCAUUGAAGAUGAAAAGAAUGUUGCUGAUCUGCUAAUUGAGGUUGGUGUCGGAGUAUGUAAAGUGAAAGGGAAACAAUCGGACUGGAAUGAGAUAUGGAAACACUCACCUGAGGCAUCCAAAGUGCAGGAAGAAGCCGGUAUCAUUUGCAGCCGCAAAAAUGGUGAGCAUGUUAUCGAUCAAAUAAGGGAUAAGGAGGAAUUUGCCUCAACGACAUGGGAACAAAUUGUUGAACUCACUAAGCGCACGAGUCGGCAUUACUGGCGUUCACCCGAGUACCCCUAUUCGAGACUCUAUGCAUCAGCCAUCCACGCUUUGCUCAACGGCCUCACCUACCUCCAGAUCGGAAACAGCGAGACAGAUAUGCAAUCGCGAGCUUUUUCCUGUUUCUUGAUUCUUAUGCUUGUCCCUGAAUUUGUUAAUGGAACAUCAAUGAAAUUCACUGAGAAUCGGGACAUGUGGGAAGAACGCGAAUAUCCCAGCAGAAUAUAUGGAUGGAUCAGUUUCACAACCGCUCAAAUCCUAUCUGAGCUACCAUACGCACUUGCUGGGGGUGCCAUUUUUUAUCUCCUUUUCUAUUACGCUGUGGGACUCCCUCUCGGUGUUCCUGCCGGAUAUACAUUUCUUAUGGUCCUCUUUUUCCACCUUUUCUCAACAUCCUGGGGACAAUGGAUUGCUGCAAUGAGUUCUGACGCUGUCAUGGCUGCCAACCUCAUGCCGUUUUUCCUUAUCAUGUGCGAGUUGUUCAAUGGCGUGCUACAUCCUAAGGAGGAAAUGUCUGUUUUCUGGGCUUACACCAUGUAUUACUUGGCGCCAUUUACAUAUUGGAUUGGGGGAAUUCUUUCGAUGAUCAUGAAGGGUGCCAAAGUUACCUGCACUGCGAGCGAGUUGAUUACUUUUCACGCUCCCCCAAACCAAACUUGCGUACAGUAUGCGGGCUCGUGGAUUUCUUCGGCUACGGGAUACCUGGCAAAUCCUGAUGAUAUGGGAAACUGCCAGUAUUGUUCUUACAAAUACGGGGACGAGUACCUCGCCGAAAAUAACCUCUCCGCAUCCAAGAGUUGGCCAUAUCUAAGCAUCUUCGUCGGCUUCAUGAUCGCCAAUUACUUCAUUGUGUAUCUGCUCGUUUAUGUCUAUUCAGUGAAGAAACUGUUUAAGAGGUCGAAAAGCUGA